AUGGCAUAUCCAGCUAUUUUCUUUUCUUUGGAUGUUGUAGAGGAUCUGCCAUCAAUGUACCAGCUACCCGUAAAGCGGGGAGAGGAGCAGGGAGAGGAGCCGUGUCCUGUUAUGAAGUUUCCUGCUUUAAGGUUGCUUGAGACCAGAGAAUAUGUUGGAUUUUAUUUCCUGAAGAUUAUCUGUGAACAUUUUAAGUCUUCAGAAAAUAUUGGAAAAGCUCUACUACUUCACAUUGACAUGCUUUUACAAAGAAAAGAAGAACUCCUUGCCAAAGAGAAGAUUGAAGAAAUCAUUUUAGGUCAUCAAACAGAAAGACAACUGACAAAAGAAUUAGUAAGCUGGUUACAUGACAUUCUGUGGAAAAAAGCUGCCAGAAGUUUUGAGGUACAAAAUUAUGCUGAUGCCCUACAUUGGUACUAUUUUUCUCUGAGGUUUUAUUCAUCUGAUCAAACCCAUCUGGACUUGGCCAAGCUACAGAGGAACAUGGCUUCCUGUUACCUGCAUUUGAAACAACUUGAUAAGGCCAAAGAGGCAGUGACAAAAGCUGAAAGACAGGAUCCUACAAACGUUUUCACUCAUUUUUAUAUAUUCAAGAUUGCAAUCAUAGAGGGCAACUCUGACAGAGCUUUGCAGGCAAUCACUACAUUAGAUAAUUUAUUAACAGAUGAAGAGUCAGAAGAUAAUGAUCUACUUACAAAUAGAAGGUCACCUACUAUGCUUCUAAGUUUAGCUGCCCGAUUUGCUCUAGAGAAUGGACAACAAAUUGUGGCAGGGAAAGCUUUGGAAUAUUUAGCUCAACAUUCAGAAGACCCACAACAAGUCCUUACAGCUUUAAAGUGUUUAUUUUGUCUUGUUCUUCCAAAAGUUUCUCAAAUGCUGGAAUCUGAAAAUAAAAAGAAUGAAAUGGAUAGACUUUUGACUUGCUUGAAUACAGCACUCCUGAAACUUGCUCUUUUUGAUGGAAGACCCUCGACUUUGGAUUUGCGGGCUAAUGAAGCUCAUUGGUUUCGAAAAACAGCUUGGAACUUGGCUGUGCAAUGUGACAAAGACCCAGUGACAAUGAGAGAGUUUUUCAUACUUUCUUAUAAAAUGUCCCAGUUUUGUCCUCCUGAUCAAGUAAUUCUGAUUGCACAGAAAACAUGUUUACUUAUGGCAGCUGCAGUUGAUCUAGAGCAAGGGAGAAAAGCUUCAACAACUUUUGAACAGGUAAUGUUACUGAAUCGUGCACUUGAGCAGAUCCAUAAGUGCAAGGACAUCUGGAAUCUCCUGAAACCAACAGGAGACUUCUCAAAUGAUCCAUGUGAGACAUUGCUUCUGCUGUACGAGUUUGAAGUUAAAUCCAAAAUGAAUGAUCCAUCACUGGACAGCUUUCUCGAAUCAGUGUGGGAGCUGCCUUAUUUAGAAAGUAAAACACUUGAAACAAUUGCAUCAUUAGCAAUGGAAAUGCCUGCACACUAUCCUUCCAUUGCUCUCAAGGCCUUGAAAAGGGCUUUAUUACUCCACAAAAAGAAAGAAUCAAUUGAUGUUUUGAAAUACAGCAAAUGCAUGCACAACUUGGUUAAACUCUCAGUGCCAAACAGGGUGUUGAGUGCAGAGCUCUGUCCCCUGGAAGAAGUUUGGGGCUAUUUUGAAGAUGUCCUGGGCCUUAUUAGCCGCACUGAAGGCUACCCAGAAAUGGAGAUUCUCUGGCUGAUGAUCAAGUCCUGGAAUACUGGAAUACUUAUGUAUAGCAGGAGCAAAUAUGUAUCGGCUGAAAAAUGGUGUGGCCUGGCAUUGCGUUUCCUUGACCACCUUAGCUCCCUCAAGAGAAUCUAUGAAACUCGGAUGAAUGUUCUGCAUAGUGAACUCAUGGAAGCAGCAGAUAAAAACAAGGGCUCACGUUUUAAUGAAGAGUGA